AUGUAUCUCGCAGGCGUCCACUUCAUCGCCGCUCUGCUGUCACUGUGGAGCGUUCCCAUUACGGCGGAGUUUCCUUUGCUCUUUCCGGCCUCCUCCGUUUACCAGAUCACCUCAUCACUGUCGGUUCCUGUGGUGAUUCCUGAUCGAAAACUAUUUUGGGAUUGGGGCCUUCAGAUGAACUAUGCCCUGCCCGCUCAGCCGUCGUCCUUCUACGCCGCCACCAUUUGGCCGGAUGAGUUUUCGAGGAGGGGAAGGCGCCAGUUGCGGAACGAGACCGCCAAAUAUCUGCCCGGAGGUGGGUCCACUAUGCAUCCGAGUGACAUUUCGGCCGGAGAGCUGUACGAGAGUCUCGAAAACAUGCUCACCCAAUAUGGCUUUGAUGAGUCCUGUCUUCUGCGGAGUGUUUGUGAGCUGGCCAGGCAUCCCUUCAUAGAUACAGAAAACAAUAUGCUCACUGCCCUCAUGACUUUUACACUGACACCCUCUUUGCAUGAAGCCUUUGGGCCCGGUGAAAAUAUCUACCGGGAGGUAUACGAACAGGCCGAGCAACAGGGAUUUCUAGGAAAGGACUGUGCCAAGCUGUAUGCUAACUGCCCUGUGGACUUUUUAAGCGGAAUCAGCAGCCUGUUGAGCUAGCAGAUUUAUCAAACAUUUCGAGAAGGUAGCUAAGGACCCCCGACAACUGAAUGUUUUAAAAUGCAAUGACGAUUAUGCCAUUGAUAUGACUUUCAUCUUGCCCAA